AGCCAGUCAUAUGACAGCCCAGACUCAAAUGUGGCGGAAAGAAGCGUCAGUGCAUUCCUCAAAGCCCUGCGCAAAUAGCGCAGACAGACGGUCCGCCCUUUGCCCAGACUUUACGGAGUUUUCGCAAGAGCCGUUGGUGAAUGGCGUCCGUUCUUUGACGUAAGCCGGGCUCUUUUUUGGUACCGAGCGGAGAGGAGAUGCACACGGCACUCGAGUGAGAGUGCGUCAUUCAGAAGAGUUGGAAACCCCCCUCAAACGGUAGCAUCAGAACUGGGGGCCAAGCAGAAAGAAACGUAUGCUGGGGACCAGAAGUAAGGGGAUAAUGCGAGUCCACGUGCACACCAAGUUCUGUUUCCUGUGUGUGCUCACCUUCCUCUUCCAUCAGUGCAACCACUGCCAUGGAGAAGAACAUAGCCAUCAGCACGGUGGACACCCCCACACCGACCACGACGAAGUCCACUCCGACCUGCAGAUUUCCGAGGAUUCGUAUGUGAAAGGAGCCACUUUUUCCUCCGAGUCCAAGAGUCCUCCAGGGCAAACUCUAGAGAAGGAGCAGCACUACUACAUCCAACAGCUAUUCAGCCGCUACGGCCAGCAAGACAAGCUCGACUUCGAGGGAUUUCAGAGUCUGCUGUUCAGCUUGGGUCUUGGGGAAGUGAAGUUGGUAGACGCUCAACACGAGGAGCUGGGCCAUGACCACGUGGCUCACCUCGACCUGGUGGAUGUGCAGAAAGGGCAUCACUCGCAUGCAUCCACCACUGAUGGCCACGGGCACGGACAUCCACACCACAAGCCUGCCUCCCACCAUCCACAUACGGAGCAGAAUCCCACAAAGUGCACCCAGCAGACCACUGCUGCCAGUCCAGCUACGGGCGCACAUACAGGACAUGACCACGACCACGCCAAGGUAGUAGAUAGUGAGCAUAAACAUUCUGGCAGACAUGUGCAGGACAAACAAGGCCAUGUCCACAAUCAUGAUCAUGCACAUGACAAAGGGCACAAACACGAGCAGGCACAUGUGCAUUCUAACCACAAGGACGGACCUUCUGAACCUCAUGACCACAGUGAUCACAACGAUAAUGGCCAAGCUGAUCAUGACCACAGCGUCCACAAUCAUGUCCCUGAAGUUCAGACAGGCACAGACAUUCCUCCUCUCAGCCAAGAGCAGAAGCCCUCCGCACAGCUGGAGCCGUCCCAAGCUCCUCAGGUGCCACAGUCCUCCCCCGCCCCUACAGAAACUCAGACCAAGAAGCCGAGAAAGCCAGCCAGGGUCAGGGGACAGCGGGGGCGAAACAAAACCUCUUCUCCAAACACUCGUCAGCCUGAGGCACCCGACCACGAUCACGAUCACAGUCACAGCUAUUCUCAUAAAGAUAAGAGAGAAGCUCCAGGAGGGCCUGGCUCCCCCACCCUGCCAGUCCCCGUUCUGUCCGGCCACCCUAAAGGAUUGUUUCACCAGCAUGGGGAGUGUCUGAACCUGACUCAGCUUCUCACCUACUACGGCCUGAGUCCUGAUUCGCUCAUCUCGCCCAGCCAGUUCACCUACCUGUGUCCCGCCCUGCUCUACCAGAUAGACAGUCGCGUCUGCAUCCGCCAUUUCCACCAGAUGGACGUGGCUCAGGAAGCCUUGGAGCCCGUCAGUUCUGUGUGGGUGUGGCUGUGGGGGUUCGUCUCCAUCACCAUCAUCAGCCUGCUGUCUCUGCUGGGCGUGGUGCUCGUUCCCAUCCUCAAACAGUCCUGCUUCAAGUUCCUGCUCACCUUCCUGGUGGCGCUGGCCGUGGGAACACUGAGUGGAGACGCUCUGCUCCACCUGCUGCCUCACUCUCAGGGGCAGCACGACCACGGCGAGCCCAAGUCGACCGACGAAAGAGAUUAUCUGAAUGACUUUGAUGGAGUGUGGAAGGGCCUCACGGCGCUGGCCGGCAUCUACUUCCUCUUCAUCGUGGAACACUGCAUCGGCAUGUUUCAGCACUACAAAGACCACAAGGGCACGAAGAAGGCUAAUGAGGAGGGCACCAUCGGCAGGAAGUUGUCAGAUCACAAAUUAAAUCGCCGCUCGGAUGCAGAGUGGCUGCACCUGAAGCCUCUCAGUGAAGACCCUGAAGGCACCGCCGUCUCCUGUGACAACGGUCACAACGACACUCAGCUCUCAGAGCUCCAGACGCCGGACUCGCCCACCAACAAAACCCCGUUGGCACCCAAGGUAUCCAGCGAGGAGCACCCGCCCCCCAACAAGGAGAACGGAGGCAAGGCCAAGAAGCACGGACACUCACACGGCCACUCCCACGGGGGGAACUGCCACUCGGACCAGGAGAUGAAGGACGCCGGGAUCGCCAGCAUCGCCUGGAUGGUCAUCAUGGGCGACGGCAUGCAUAACUUCAGUGACGGUCUGGCUAUAGGCGCAGCAUUCAGUGCAAACUUGACGGGAGGCAUCAGCACAUCAGUGGCUGUUUUCUGCCACGAAUUACCUCAUGAACUCGGUGACUUUGCGGUACUGCUGAAAGCGGGGAUGUCAGUGAAGCAGGCCAUCUUCUACAACCUGCUGUCCGCCCUCAUGGCCUACGUGGGCAUGAUCAUCGGCACGGCCGUGGGACAGUACACACACAACGUCACCAGCUGGAUCUUUGCCGUCACCGCGGGCAUGUUCCUGUAUGUGGCGCUGGUGGAUAUGCUGCCGGAAAUGCUCCACGGGGACAGCGAGGACCACAAGCGCUGCCAGCUGGGUCACUUUGUCCUGCAGAACCUCGGCAUGCUGACCGGGUUCGGCAUCAUGCUGCUCAUCGCCAUCUUCGAAGACCGCAUCGUUUUCAAUUUUGGCUUUUAGUCUAGGAGCUAGUGGGGAGGGUAGCUGGGAAGUGAGAGCUGGGUGUAUCAAUAUUGUUCUCCAUGGCCUUAACAUGCUUUGUUUGCGAUGUAACGGCCCAGUGUUGCAUGCAGUGUGGGUCUCGUUCACGGCCAGUGCCUCCAUUCCAAACAUGCAGCUGUAGCUUAUGCAUAUCUCAUGACUCUGCCAGUGAUGUUUACACUCUGCUCCUCCAUUACCUCUCCUCUGUCGGCUCCAAUCUGUCUGCUCCCCGAGAGGAGAAAAAAAAAAAAGGCCCAAUGAAAGAAGAGCGACCGGAGAAGGCCUCUCUGCUCCAAACCAGUGACCUCCAUCUAAAAACGAGCUGUUGGUGGCGCGGGAAAAGCGCAUACCCGCAGAGAGGCAGCUGCCCAUCGCCUAUGCACCGUCACCUGUUGUUAGUGCUUUGUUGUCUCUCAUCCACCCUGUGCUGUGUGCCAUCAUCCAUGCUUCCUACAUCUGCGGUGCGUGUUCCACCCGCCAUCCAUCAUCAGGUUGUGAUGUUAUCACGCUGUGUGUCAUACAUCUCUCAAGCCCUGGCCACUGGAGCAGCGACAGUGACGGAGGUUAGCUUGCGUCUACACCUGGAAGAAAACUUUUUAGAGCUGCAAUAAUUAGACAACUAGGAGUUUAAAACUAAGUCAUGCCUUUUUGAUAUUCGGUUGAUCGUUUUAAGUCAUUUUUAACGGACAAAUGUCAGAAAAUGCCGUUUUGCCUCUUUAAUAUAGAGGUUUCUCAGUUUCAUAUACUUAAGUCACAAUCUUUCUGUUUUGGAUUGAUAAGACGUUAACUCUGACUUUUAGACGCUGGGAUAGACAUUUUUUAUAGUUUUCUGACAUUUUAUUGACCAAGCGAUUAAUCGAUUAGCCUAGAAAAUAAGAUUGAAAAUAAUCAUUUUUUGCAGCCCUGUUUGGCUUAUGUUGCUUGAUAGUCAAAAUGUGUUGACGCCUAAAAGCUACAGUGUCAAAAACGAAACGCGUUCCCCCGACUUUACGUGGCAGAUCUUCCGAAUGGCUCAGUGUUAGUUAGUUUUUUGCUGCAACUUUUUUUCCCAUUUAUGUUUUAUUGUCAAUUAGAUUUUUUUGGGAUCAUUAAAACUUUUGUAGUUCAUAGUGUUUGCUAACACAGCUGCCAAUGCCUUUACAAACUAGCAUUUAAGACUUUUGGUUAGAAAGUAGAAUGUCUGACUUUUUGAAGGGUUCUAUAGUCAGAGAUGUAUCCUCGUUACAUGUUUUAUCUGUCUUUAUAAGAAUCGGCAGUUUCAAAAUGUGAAUUCUGAAAAAGCUAGCUCUUCCUCUCUUCACCUAAAGGUGUUGUAGUUAGCUAGAUUUAUUUAGGGUGCCUCUAUGAGUUCCUAAAGGUUGCUUCGUUCAAUCGGACCACCCGGCAGUGGACCUUUAUUUACAGUAGGUAGGUUGAAAUGUCACACCAAUGCAGAUGGUUUUUAUGUACUGUAAACACAUUAAGUCUUUAUAACAUCAGUAGUAAGAAAGCACAUUUUUGUUGCUGCUAAAUAAUAGUUUUGAAGGUACAAGGAAUCAAUUCCUGACAAUCUACAACAGACCAAUCAAAAGAGGAACAAUUUACCUUGUGUCAGCUUCCCAAACCAUUGAUACAGAUAAAAACAUUUUUGUUUACAAGCAUUCCUCGCGUUUGUACCCCAGGGUGUAUGUUAUAGUCACUCAGAUGACUGUGCCAAACCUGACCGAGUGUGGUUUUUCAGUGGCUGGUGCUUGACACCCCUCCCCCUACAUUCCAUUGGCUGUCCCACAGCUAACAUGCUAAGCUAGCUCGCCUAGCUUCAGUUGCUGGAUCACACAGAUUCAGUGUGUUUUCAUUUAUCCUGUCACUGUGUGACAUCCAUCAUCGUAUGUGUCAACUGGCUGUAAAUCAUUGUUGGUCACAUCGAACCCGUGUUAUCGAUCCGACUGAACCAUGCAUGAAGCAUGAGAGAAACGGUACAGACAUUGUGUUGAGUGUAAAUUUGUUUUCAUUAUUUUCUACUGCAAAGUUAAACUAUUGACAACCUUUGUUACUUUUUAAAUGAACUGUGUCUGAUGUUCAUGUGGAACUCUUUGGGGUGUAGUGUAAUAGGCCUGAGAUAAUCUAAUGUAUCUACACUUCUGUUUACAGUCAUUUUAAUAUUUCCAACUACUCUUACACCGUGUUCUGCAUUAAAAUAAGAUUAUUUGAAUUUUUCAGUUUCCUACGAUAAACAUUUUUGUAUUUUUUUAAAGACUAAGUGUACUUUUUAUUUUCAUUAUUUCUCUACGAGGUCUUGAAUUUCUUGUGUAAUUAAAUGGUACUGACAAGUGUGUGAUAAGGGUCCAUGACACUUAACACACUAUGCCCCAAAGAAGUUUCUCCUGUACUCAUCGAGCAAAGAAUUGUCUGUAAAAUGAAGGUCCAUGAUUUGUUCUCACUUUUGCUUUGUUGUAUGUAGGUCUGUUCAGUAAGCUGGAUAUAAAAUGCAAAGUGUGACAUCCUUACUGUUCGCCUUGUCUGCAUUCUCCACUGUACGAAAGGAAAUAAACCUUGAAAAGGUCUCUGACGCUUCUGGCAUAAUGUUACA